AUGAUUUUAGCUGAAGCCAUCUUCGCCAAAAACGCCUUAUUCCGACAUGGCAAUGCAUCACCGUACGAGGCCGUGUUUGGCCGCACACCAGCUCUUCUAGAUGCACUUCAUUUCGAAUCCGUUGCCGACAUCAGUGAGCGAGAUUGCGAGAGGCUUCGCCACGCUGCUAUCCAAUCUAUGGUACAAGCUUCUGCUCACGAUAGAGUAGUGCGGGCCAAUGCGUCCCGCGCGCGUCCGGCUGGGGAGCUGCUGGGGAUAGAGGUUGGAGACCUCGUGGAGUUCUUCAGGAAACCCAGCACGAAAGAUACGUCGGGCUGGCAUGGGCCAGCAACAGUGGUAGACACCACGUCAAUGCGUGACGGCCAGCUAGGCUUGCGUUGGCAAGGGCGUCACAUUACGUGUCGUCUCCAGGAUAUUCGAAGGGCGUUGACUUAUACCUGUCUGCUCAUGACCGCCAGGUCGGAUUCGCCGACCACGAUAGUACAACAGGCGGCCGAGCAACACGUAGGGGUUGUAGUUCGCCUGGGGUGGUUUCAAUCCGAAAGCAGAUGGUUAGCGUUUGAGGCAAACAGGCGUUAUGCCCGAGAACUGCUGGCUGGCCUUCAUAUGGCUUCUUGCUUGCUGCACUUGUCAGGAGUGGUUUCCUUCCGCUUCGGUUGUGAGGUCAAUUCCUUGCCUGCCGUCAAUUGUGAUGACACUCUUUUGAUCUGGUGGCCUAUCGGCCUCCUUGAAGAAUGGUGUCACGUGUUUCUCCCUGGCCAACAGGCCAUCAACUUUGCCAGGCUCUGUCCCACUCUUGGACACAAGGUUGCCUUUCUCCAGUUCUUUUGCGAAAGCGCCGAAACAGUGGCGAGCGUGAGGCAGGUUGUAGCGGAUGUGCCAAACUUAGGUGGGCCUUAUGACCCUCAAAUGCCCCCACCGCGUGACCUGACUCAUCGGGUUCGCCUGGGAGGAAGGAUGCCUGCUUUGGCAAUUGAGGACGGCGCCACGCGGCAGCCUGAACACUUUGACAUUGCAACGCCUCCUGCCAGCUCAGGUCCCAUGUCUGAUUUGGAGACGGAAGGGGAGGAAACUGAAGCUCCCACAGAGUCGGUCGAAUCUGUGUUCAUGCAGUAUGCUGUAACUCCUCCACUUGUUUACACCGACGUCGCCCAUGAAGCAGCUUUUGUCUUUUCCAGCGCCGAGUUGGAACGAGAACUGCCAUCCUUGGAAAUUGCACCUCCCCUAGAGUUCGUCAAUGAGCAAGUCAAAAGUCAGUACAUGUCUUUGCUCGGCGGAUUAGCUUGGGUAGUGCAAACUCGUCCGGAUAUCGCAGUUUUCAUUUCAGCCUUGCAACGACAACUUGCUACGGCUCUUGACAACGGUACGAACGCACUGUUCUUGGAUAUGGUUAUUGACCAUCGCGGACUUUUGGAUGCGGCGGCCAGUGACGAAAACAAAUCAACGGACAGUGCUGUACUUCUUCACCUCAUGAAACUACGGGAAGAUCUCAAGUCAAAGAUACGUACAUUAUUCUGGGUGGAUACUCGAUCAAUGGUCGCUGACGCGCUCAACAAGGGUGCUAUCGACAGGAAGCAGUUACAUGAACUAUGUAGCGAAGGCACCUGGACGAUCAGCCAACCGUUGGUCAGUCAUCGAGACACAACCAAGGGCAAGUGA